AUGUUUAAGAUAUCUCUAAAGACAGCUUCUAAGUUCUGGCAGGAAGAAGAUGAGUUUUCGUCUGAAGACAGUAUAAUACCAGUCCACAAGAGACUGAGACAGUUAAAGAGAACAAGUUUCCCAGAUAUGUCCUCGCAAGAUUCUUGGGAUAUUGAGAAGGCAAGUAGUAGUAAAAGUGUAAGAUAUGUGCCAAUUCAAUUAGAAUCUGAUCACCCCAGCACAUCGACUCCAAUUGACACUAAGAAUAGAGUGAGAACAGUACCGAUUAAACUUAUUGAAGUAACAGAGAAUGGCCCAUCAACACCUGCGAGAAGACCAAGAAUGCAUACACCAGUUCGGCCUGUUAUACAUGCCGUGGUCGAUGAUGAUAAUGAUGAUCCAGAGGUAACAUGGGUAGAAGCGCAACAAGAUAAUAAAUCUAGAAAUCCUAAAAAAGUAUACAUAGAUCUGGAUGAGGACGACCCUGAUCACGAUCAGCAGGACGAUGACGUGAUCUUUCUGAAGAAGGUGUCUACCCCACCUCCGACCAAACCGUACAAGUACUUCAUAGCUAAGAACAGCCAUGACUCCACAGACUCGACACAAGAAGAACCUCUGUAUGUCAAGUUAAGUCGCAGGUCAACUGACAGGAACAUAUUAAAUAUGUCGCCAAAAUCUUAUAGUAAAUUCAAAUCACCUCCAGGAAUAACUAAAAGUUACAAGAGGGCACCCACACCACUGCCGAAAUGGUGGAUGCCAACAUCUAAACCAACAAGUAAUCUCUCGUCACUCAAUCGAAAUAAAUUUUUAGGACUUAAUGGUAAUGCUAGAUCAACACUUUCUGAAGUAUUUAAUUUAGAUGAAAAAAGAAAUUAUCAGGAACUUAUAAAGAGAGUGACCAGCAAAUUAAAAUCUGUAGAAAUAAAGAGACCCGUGGAAAUCAUCAAUCUGGCAGAAGAUGCAGCUUCAUUUAGAGAGACUCAACGGUUACAGAGGAGUACAUUAAGACAAAUAAAUUCACUAGAGAAAGAUUUGCUAGCAGAUAAACAGAAUAAUGUAAAGGAAUAUGAUCCAAUCACCGUUGCUUCAAUAAACUCCUCAGAUUCCGAAGUAGAAAUUGUACCCUCUGAAUCCUCUACAUCAUCAGUAAGAAUUGAUCCAAUAAAUACACUGAAAGAAUCUUAUAAGGAUAGAGGGAUCACAUCCAGUGACUGGUUGUCUAAAUUAGAUACUAAGUAUAGAAAAAAGAAACUGGAAACUCAGGAGAAACUUAAAGAUGCGCGGCGAGAGUCUGAUAUAAUAUCUAAAGUAAACAGUGAACAGAAGUUAGCUCAGUUAGAGCACAAGCUGAAAUAUGAGCUCAGUAUACCAGAAAGUAUUUAUGAGGAGCCACAGCCAACGGUUGAGCUGCCCCCGUUGACUCCAGAGCAGGAGAAGUUAGUUAACAGAGCCUUGGGCCCUGGUCCACCUGGACAAUUACUUGUAGAGAAAUUCAACUUGAGGAUACAUAGGCGAGACCUGCAAACUCUGUCAGGUCUCAAUUGGCUAAACGAUGAAAUAAUAAACUUCUACAUGAACCUGCUGAUGCAGAGGAGUGAAGAACGUAAGGAUCUGCCAAAAGUUUACGCCACCAAUACUUUCUUUUACCCCAAGUUGAUGCAGAGUGGACAAGCUGGACUCAGACGGUGGACCAGGAAGGUGGACAUAUUCGCGCACGACCUUAUCAUAAUUCCAGUUCACUUAGGCGUCCAUUGGUGCCUCAGUAUCAUUGAUUUCCGAGCGAAGAAAGUGUCGUACCUGGACAGCAUGGGGGGACGCAACCAAGCUUGCCUUGAUGCUCUCAUGCAGUAUUUAAGGGAUGAACACCAGGAUAAGAAGGGGGCACCCUUUGAUGAUAGCGGGUGGAAAGCUGAGUGUCUAAAAGACAUCCCGCAGCAGAUGAACGGCAGCGACUGCGGCAUGUUCGCGUGCACGUUCGCGGAGUUCUCGUCGCGCGGCGCGGCCUACUCGUUCUCUCAGGCGCACAUGCCCUACCUGCGCCGCAAGGCCGCGCUCGAGGUGCUGCGCGCGCGCCUGCUGCUCUAG